AUGUAUAUUCGUAAAUCUUAUUGUGACUUAUUUGAACAAAUCAGAGGUGCUGUGAAAGGUGCAGGGAUUAUUAUCAGUGGCACUCCUGGAAUAGGAAAAUCGUUUUUUGCAGUCUAUUUACUAUACCAAGCAAGAUGCAAUGGCAUCCCAGUUAUAUAUCAACAACCAAAUGUUAUUGAAACUUAUGUACUAGAUGGUGAUAAAUGUUACAGCUAUAAUGGAACAGUUUCAGAUGUUGCCUUGAAAAUGAAAGACAGGUCCUUGAUUUGGUACAUUGUAGAUGGAAAAGUGCCAGAACAUAUGCGUAUGUUUUGGAAUAUUAUUACAAUACUUGUUUGCUCUCCUGCUCGAGAGUACUAUAAAGAAUUGGAAAAAGAAGGUGUUCUUAUAUAUAUGCCAUUGUGGGAUGUUGAUGAACUUGAGAAGGGGUUCUAUUGCACACUUGGACCUUCUGAUAAGAUUGAAGAAGAAUAUGAAAAAAUGUGGUCUAAAGUAAAGCAAUGGGGUCCAAUUCCUCGUGCUGUAUUUUACCAUAAUCGACUCCUUCCUAUUUUAAAUCAUGAAAAAGAAAUGUAUGAUAUUGAAAAAUUAGAAAAAUUAGAUGUUGCUCUGGGGAGAUGUAACAUGGAUGUUAUUCGGAAAACUAUUUGGGCAGUUGCCACAGGGUCAGAUAACAUUAGUCAUAGGAUAAUUCACAUUAACACACUUAAUUAUUUAUCAAGUAGUUACAUAUUUGCCUCAGUUUAUGUUGAGGAAAGAAUAAUGAACAAAAUAAUGACAGAAGAAAAACAGAAACUUAAGGAAUUUUUACAAGCAAGUGAAGGUGAAGGACAAAUAUCACCAAUGAGACGUACAUUAUUUGAAGGUGUUGCACACAGAUGUCUCCAAAAUGGUGGAACAUUCACUGUACGUAGUUUGGAGAAUAAGACAUCCUUACCACUGUCAAUAGUUCUGCAACAGAGACCUGUCAAGUGGUUUCGUAAUAUUCAAGAUAUUUCUCCAGACCAUUACAACCGUCCAAUUGCUCGAAAUUUUCCAAGCAGUGAUGCAAUAUUUCCAUCGGACUAUAUCUUCCAAAUUACAAAUUCAAAAAAUCAUGCAAUCAAAUGGGUACCAUUAGAAGCAACUAUUAGGAAAUUAGAUGAAAUCUACAAUGAUAAUAAACGAAACAUUGGAUUCUAUUUUGUUGUUCCUGAAGACAAGUUUGGUAACUAUCCAGAACAAAAGUUCCUAGAUCAAAAUGGAAAGGUAAAGAAGACUAAUGGAUUAAUAAUGUCAAGGGUUAAACAAUAUGUACUUGAGAUCCCUUACGCAGCAUUAAUUUAA